UUGCUGCACCAUGAGGGGGCAGCAGCGUGCCGCGCCUAGGUUUACUCUUGUGUUUAAAGGCAGGCGCUGCUGCAGAAAGCCGAGCCUUUUGUGGGCCUCGUAAUGGUAACAUGUGGAGGCCGGGAGCAGCCUAUGUUCUUUCCGCAGCCUGCCGGAUUGUAGCCCGGAAUCGGCGGGAAGGCGUAGGGUGGUGGAAACAGGCCACGGCGGCGCCUGUCAGAGGAACAACUGCUGGUUUUUCCUUCCUUCUCAGCCAGCCGGAUUCACAGCUGCGUUUUUUAGGCCAUGUUCUUAAGGGCAAAGCCGAGAGUAUUCAGCUUUCAUUUGUAAGAAGUGCAGGAACUCUGGCUGACAAGAGCUCAUUAGAUGAAACUACAUACGAAAAACUUGCUGAAGAAACCCUACAGUCAUUAACAGAAUUCUUUGAGGAUCUGGCAGACAAGCCUUUUACUCCUGAAGAUUAUGAUGUCUCCUUUGCGGUAUAUUAUUACUUCUAUUGCUUUUUACAGGCUCUUUUGACUGGAGUGUUAACAGUUAAAUUGGGUGGAAGCAUGGGAACGUAUGUGAUUAACAAGCAGACACCAAACAAACAGAUAUGGCUUUCCUCUCCAACCAGUGGCCCCAAGCGUUACGACUGGAUUGGGAAAACCUGGGUUUAUUCUCACGACAGAGUCUCUCUUCACGAACUACUGGCAACAGAAUUUUCUGUUGCAUUAGAAACCAAACUAGACUUAUCAGCUUUAGCACAUGCCGCAAGAGAAUAUUCUUGAUAAUAUCUAUCUGAAAGAAUUCAGACUUUGAACUUAGACCCACAGUCUCACACACACACACUUUCUUAAUGUACUAAUCCAAACUUAAGUUCUGCAGAGUGUUUUUUAUAAAAUCAAUUUUACUGUGAAACAGUGUAUAAACAAUAUUUUCUCUUAUAAAUUUACAUGCUUGUGUAUUUUUUCCUUCCUGUUGUUCAUUUUGCAGGCAUAGCCACUGCUGCCUAGUCUAUUAACUAGAAUUAAGGAUGACAUUUGGAACUACUGUUAGAUAAUGCUGAAAACCAUUUCUGCAAGAUGUUAGUAUACUUGUAGAGGUGUGCUAUUUACAUUAAGUUUGCCAGCACAAUGGAGUGGGAAACCUGGUCUACAGCACUCUGAUGUCAGCAGCUCUUUAAUAGUGAAAGCAUCGUGAUUGGCUUACUGAAACCGCAAGCCCAGUACACCACAUUAUGUCCCUCUCCAUAGAUGAGGUGUAGGGAACCUUUGGCCCUCCAGAUGUUGCUGAACUACUACUCCUGUCAGCCCUAGGAAGUUUGGCUAAUGACUGGAGAUUAUGGAAGUUACAGUUUAGCAGCAUCUGGAACUUGGAAGGCAGAAGGUUCCCUACACCUGACAUACGUGUUACCACGUACAGUAAUUUAUCAGAGGCCUCCACAUUAGCCCCUCCAACAGUUCUGCUAAAAGUGAAUUUGGUCAGUAGGGGUACUGUUCUGUUCCGAGUGAAGCAUAGUAUCUACCUACCUAUUUCACAUACAGAACCGGAAGAGUUGAGUCCUUGUUACUCUCCUCCUUUAAACAAGGGGAAUUGGGAAUUAAUGGAUUAACAAUGAACGACUUGUAAGAAUAGUGGGUUUAGUAGUAGAUUAUUGAUAGUGUAACAUUUUGAUAAUUUCAAAGCACAGCCAAAUUUUAGGAUGUUUACAAAUAUUUUUUCUUUACUAACAUUAGCAUUCAUUGUUGAAAAAUUAUUUUAAACACGGAGUUGUAUCCAGUGGCGCUUUACACUAGUGAAAAGCACUUCAACUUAAGCAAGGUGAUUUAUACCAGUCUAUCCUAUCUACUACAGCCCUCUACACCAUACCACUUACUAGUGUCUAUAUGCGGGGAGCUUUUCAGGCAGCUGCAAUGGGUAGGAGGGAUUUUGGCAAAAAUUAAAUGUCCUGCCUUGCAUGAGCAGAAUUUCUUUCUACUAGUGCAAAAACACCACUGGAUACAACCUGUUAUCUAAUUAGGCAUCAUACACAGAGAAUUAUAUCCAGUGUAGUGCUAAGUAACUAUUCCAUAAGCACAAGAAUAUCUGCUUGCACAACUGAACGUUUCCCCCCUCUCUUCUACCCAUGUGCACCCCGCACUCUCUCCCACAUCUGCUCUGGAGGGCUGGGAAACCCCCAGAAAAGAUUUAGGAGGCAUGCAGGGGCAGGAGGGGGGAAGUUCCAUUGCGCAAGCAGAUAUCCUUGUGCUGACAGCAUGCAUUAGCUGGAUACCGCCCAGAAUAAUUGUGUUGGUUCUUAACCUGUAGCUACUUAUAGUUGAAGAAUGAAUGCACGUUUGAAACUGAACUCAGGUAAACCUGAAAUAAUGGGUAGCCGACACUGUAACCCAUAUGGAGUGGAGAUGGCUGCCCUUGACAACAUCUGGCUUUCCCCAAUUAGAUUCUUUGCCUUGUGGUGCUUCUGUAUCCAUCGCUAUGACUAGUAUUUUCAAGCUGUAGCAAUCGUGAGGAAAUAAAAAUAUUCCUAACUUGUGAAACAUCUGUGAUCUUUUAUCUUAAAUUCUGACCUGGCUAUAGUGAUGCUUGAGGAAUUUGAUCUUUGCAAACUGACUUGAACCACACUG